UAAAAAUCAGCCGUUUCCAGCUACAAUAGUCAUUUACAACAUUAACAAUGUCUACACUGUAUUUCUGACCAAUUUGAUGUUAUUUUAAUGGGCAAAAACAAUAGCUUUUCUUUCAAAAACAAGGACAUUUCUAAGUGACCCCAAACUUUUGACCGGUAGUGUAUAUUAUGUGUGUGUGCGUGUGCAUGCGUGUGUGUAUAUAUUCAUUUAAAAAACAGUGGCUUUUAAUUUUGUAUUUCAUGUUGUGUUCAUGUUAAAUCCGUUAUGGGAUAUAUAUUUUACAUUACAGACACGAGAAUGACAUCGUGCUGCCAAGGCACAUAGCCCUUACAGACCCUGGAUGCCUCUGCACGUACUUUAAAAUAUUCAGGUCGAGGUUAACAGUUCUGUUCCUAGGGAUAAAAGCAUCUGCUAAAUGACUAUAUUAAUAACAAACCACCAAGCUCAUCCAAUGCUGUAUGUCCACUUGAUUGACAUGUAUUCUAAAAUGAUUUCCCUGUACUGAGAACCCCACCAACCAUUCAACACUUUAUUUAUGGGAAUCCCAGACUUGCCUCCUUGACUGAUGUGUUGUUCCCUUAGCUCAGGACUAUUUCUGUAGCCUAUGGAUGUCACUGUCCUGCUGAGGACUGAUACCAUGUAAGUGCAACACCCAGGAAUAGUUAUGCUCACUCUGCCCCCUGGUUACAAUGGAUGACAUCCCUCAAUGGAGAAUACUGGGAGGAGUCAUUCUUAAAUACAUAAUGGGAAUGUUAAUCAUAUAGAAUAAUAAGGAAGUAAACUUGUAUCUCUUGUUUGCUUUGAGUCUAUAUCAGUCUAUACACUGAGUAGACCAAACAUUAGGAACACCUUCCUAAUAUUGAGUUGCAACCAUGGGUGAUGGGACAAGACUGUAAUUACCAAUUGGGGAGAAAAAUGGGUAAAAAGUACCAAAAAAAAGCAAAUGGGAGGUAGCCUCUUCACAAUAUAACAGGUUGGAGAAGAGAUUUUCUGUUAUUGCCGGAACGUAAGUCAUCGUGAACACAGGAGCAUGGACUUGGCUAUUGCGAUCUCCUGCACUUCCCAAUAGUAACAAAGAAUGACACGUUCAAAUGGCAGCUCACAGUUCAACCACUCUUGGUCAAGACCCAUGUAUUUCAAAGCUGAGCCUGCGAACACCAUCUUGGGCAAGAGGGAGUUUCACACAGGGAUAAUGACAACUCACAGCUCCAAGAGGAAGGGCACUGUUGCUGGAAGACAGGUGACGGUGGUGGACACGCCUGGAUGGUACGUGGGGCGCAUCACCCCUGGCAAUGUGGCACAGGAGCUGGGGCGAGUCGUGUCCCUCUGUUCCCUGGGGCCCCAUGCCAUCCUCCUGGUGGUCUCUGCCACAGGGGACUUCAGGCAGGGAAAAUGGAGGACCACGGAGGAGCGUCUGAGGCAGAUCCAGGCCCCUAUCUGGCAGCGAACUAUAGUGCUCCUAACCCACUGAGAUGAGAUACCAGGAGGAACCACUGUCGAGGAACACAUCCAAGGGAAGGACAAGAGUCUCAUGUGGCUUGUGGAGAGAUGUGGGAACAAGUUACAUGUUCUGGACAGCCAAGCCAGGGACAAAGAGCUUCAGGUCCAAUUGCUGUUGGAGAAAAUUGAUAGGAUGGUGGAGAAAAUAGGCGCCCAAGGGAAAUACAGGAGAGGUUGUACAGCCAGGUGAGAGAGAGCUUAAGGAUGAGAGGAGGGAAACAGCAGGGAGAGGACAUAGAAAUGCUUGUCAUGCAGGACAUGAGGACAAGGCAGAAUCAGCGGGUCACAGCAGUGGUACCCAUAGGUAAGUGCUCUGCUCUCACAAGACUCAAUGAUGAGCUGGGGUGUAAAAUUGAAUGUUUGUGGCAAAGGUUAAAGAAGACAAUUGCAAAUAGAGAACAUUAGGCUACUUGGUAGCAUUGUAUAACUGCACAGGCAGUUGAGAUGUUAUUGUUUCUUUUUUUGACAGAGGCAUCCAAAACGUAGAGUUCAGCAGGAAAUACCAUUCUUGGCAGAAGAGAGUUUGACAGUGGCAAAAUAACAGUCCAGUGUGUGGUGGAAGGGAGGACAGUCGCAGUGGAUUUCUUUCUAAUUUUUACUAACGACAUGCCACUGACUUUGAGUAAAGCCAGUGUGUCUGUGUAUGCGGAUGACUCAACACUAUACAUGUCAGCUACUGCAGCGACUGAAAUGACUGCAACACUCAACCAAGAGCUGCAUUUAUUUUCAGAGUGGGUGGCAAGGAAUAAGUUAGCCCU